GGCAGGGAGGAAGGUGUAGAGGAGAGCUGCCAGAUUGGGGGUGGGGGAGCAUGAAGAGGCUGCGGGGCCAUGGGGCAAAGCUAGUAGGCAGAACGGGAUUAGAACCCUGCCCAGGUGGGUCUCCCGGGCCGGCCCAUGCCCAUCCCCCCUGUCAAUCACCAGCAGACGGCCUCAGGGGCAUCAGCUGCGGAGGCGGAGGGCGGGCCUGGAGCUCGAGGCAAGGAGCCUCGGCCUAGCCUUGGAACGCCUCGGCUUCGCCUGGCCCCCCCCCGGCUCUGCUCCCACAGCCUUGGCGUCCCCCGGAGCCGCGGGAGGCACCUUUCCCGCAGCUGUCUCAGGGGGCCCAGGUGAGAGCGACGGAAGGUAGGAGGGAGCGGCGGAGGGCGUUGCUGGGCCAGCGGAAGGAUUUCUCCCUGAGGGAGGGGAGCUGCGGCUUCGGGGAUUCUUUAAGGGCUGGAGAGGGGCAGCCGCUUAGCGAGGAGCUGGGGCAGAAUUUGAACUCAGCCCUCACUGCCAGACAAUCCAGGGGGCAGAACAGGAGAGUAUGAGGAAGGAGAACGGCCCCAGGGGCUGGGGAGGGGGCAGGAAGUCCUCAGGGUGGGUCCCCGGGAGGGACCGGGAGCGCCCGGCCGGCCCCUCCCAAAGCCUCCAAAGACAGGCCCCAUCCAAGCCCCUGAGGCAGCGGGGUCAAGUGGCUUUUCCUCUGGGCCGGCUCUGCGCCCUCUCCUGGGGGGGCGAUGCCUCCCGGGCCCCCCCUCUCACCAGGCUUCCAUGGGGAUGGGCCGGCCAGCGGGCCCUGGAGGACCGCCUGGAGCAGAGCGCGGCGGCCAGGAAGCCCAAGAGCAGGACCAAGUUCUCCCCGGAGCAGCUGCGGGGUCUCCGGACCAUCUUUGCCGGCUCGCGGUACCUGACCCCCGAGAAGGGCCACCAGCUGGCCGCGCUUCUGGGGCUGAGCUACAAGCAGGUCAAGGCCUGGUUCCAGAACCAGAGACUGCAGGCAAAGAGGGCCGAGAUGGAGGCUGCCCAGCCUCAGGUCAGCUCACCCCCUCGGGGCCUGCUCCAGGACUGCCCCUUUGGCCAGCUCUGCCUUCUUGUAGCCCCGGGCCUCAGCCUCCUCCCCCCCCCCCCCCCCCCUCCGCAAGAUGGCCCUGGAAGCUCUUCAGGAUUGAGCAGCCUCCCCUCCCAGCUGCCACUCGCUGCCGCUUGGGAGGCCACCCUGGGGCGCCCUGGCUGGAGCUCUCCCGUGAGGCCUUGGGCCCCGCCUGCCCUCCCCUCCCCCACCAGCCUGCUGGACACCUGGGCGCAGAGGGCGCAGAGCUCCGAUGGCCCCGGGACGCCCCAGAGCUGGGCACCCCCUGAAAUGCCCUUCGUUCUGGAGGACAGGAAGGCCCGGAGCAAGGCUGGAGAGGGAGCCCUGGCGAUGGGGGGGUGCCAUCUGGGCCUUUCCAGCCCCCCCAGCAGCCUUUCCUCAUUAAAACCUCCACGUGAACUUCCUGCGCUUGGGCCUCGUUACUGAAGAGAAGCCCCCACAGACUGGCGCCCCCCCCCCUUUGGAAACGGCCCCAAGAGAUCAGGAGGGGCGGCAGCUCCAGAGGCGGGUGGCCACACGCUGCAGGGAAAGUGGGGAGCACAGAGUCCAUCCGUGGCUCACGGAUUGAGGGGGGGGUCCUGGGUUCAAAUCUAAGCGCCAACAGCUCCUCGCUCUGUGACUUGGGUGGGUCACUUAACUCCGGGCUGGAAGGUCAGGGGAGGGCCGGGUCCUGAGCUGGGUCUUGGCCCCUGGAGUGGGGCCUUCUCUGCCCUUCCUUCUCCCCCGGGGGUUUCCGUCCUGCCAGAUGAGCUCCAGAAGCAGGGAAUCUAUUAACUCUAAUUUUUCCAAGAUUUCAUUCACUUCUUUUACCUCUUUCUUAUUUAUUUUUUGAUUUGAUUUAUCCAAAUUUGAUAAUGGUUGGUUUAAGUCUCCCACUAAUAUGGUUUUACUGUCUAUUUCUUCCUUCAGUUCUCCUAGUUUCUCCAUUAGAAAUUUGGGUGCUAUAUUAUUUGGUGCAUACAUGUUGAUUAAUGGUAUUUCCUCAUUGUCUAGAGUCCCUUUUAACAAAAUAUAAUUACCUUCCCUAUCCCUUUUGAUCAGGUCUAUUUUUGCAUUGGCUUUAUCAGAUAUCAUGAUUACCACUCCUGCCUUCUUUCUGUCAGUUGAAGCCCAGAAGGUCUUACUCCAUCCUUUAAUUCUGACCUUGUGGGUAUCUACCCGCCUCAUGUGUGUUUCUUGGAGACAACAUAUGGUAGGGUUUUGGAUUCUAAUCCAUUCCUCUAUUCGUCUACGUUUUAUGGGUGAGUUCAUCCCAUUCACGUUCAAAGUUAUGAUUGUCAUUUGUGGACUCCCUGGCAUUUUGAUUGCCUUCCCUAAUUCUAACCUUUUCUUCUUCGGCUCUACCUUUUAGUCCAGUGAUUUACUUUGAAUCAGUCCCCCUUGUCCCCUCCCUUGAUAUGUUUCCCUUUCUAGCCCCUCCCUUUUUGUUCCCUCCCCCUUCCCCUUUCCUUCCCUCCCCUUUUGUUUUCCCUUCUCCCUACCCUUGUUGGGUAAGAUAGAAUUCAAGAUCCCAAUGGAUCUGGAUGUUCUUCCCUCUCAGAGUUGAUUUCCCUGAGAGUAAGGUUUAAGUAAAAACUCUCUUCCUCUCCUUCUUAUAGGAGUUUUCUUCCCCUCCCCUUCCCGUGUGAAUCUUUGUGUGAGAAUGAUUAUUCUAUUUGGUCUUUCUUUUCCCUCUGUUUACACAUUACAUUUUCCCCACAUGUUAGUAUACAUAGAUUGAUAGAAAUGUAGUCCUUAUAGAAGAGAGUUUGAGUAAAAGAAGAAGAUAGCAUUUUCCCCCUUUCCUUAAUAUUUACCUUUUCAGGUAUUCCUUGCUCUUUGUUUUUCGGUAUCAAACUUUCCACAGAGCUCUGGUCUUUUCUUUGCAAAAACUUGGAAAUCUUCUAUUUUGUUGAAUGCCCAUACUUUCCCUUGGAAGCAUAUAGUCAGUUUUGCUGGGUAGCUGAUUCUUGGUUGAAGACCCAGCUCUCUUGCCUUUCUGAAGAUCAUGUUCCAUGCCUUACGAUCAUUCAUAGUGGAACUUGCAAGGUCUUGUGUGAUCCUGAUUAGCAUUCCUUUAUAUCUAAAUUGUCUUUUUCCGGCUUGUAGGAUUUUUUCUUUUGCUUGAAAGCUUUGGAAUUUGGCAAUUACAUUCCUGGGAGUUGUCUUUUGGGGAUUUAGUGUAGAGGGUGUUCUGUGAACUCUUUCAGUGGCUGUAUUGCCCCCUUGUUCUAGAAUCUCUGGGCAAUUUUCUUUGAUGAUAUCUUGUAUCACGAUCUCGAGUUUGGUGUUUAUUUCUGGCUUUUCUGGUAGUCCAAUUAUUCUUAAAAUUAUCUCUUCUUCCUCUAUUUUACAAGUCUGUCACCUUGUCAGUGAGAUAUUUUAUGUUCUCUUCUAAUUUCUUGAUCUUUUGGCUUUGCUUUAUUGAUUCUUGCUCUUUUACCUGCUUGUUGUCUUCCAGUUGCCUAAUUCUGACCUUUAAAGCCUGGUUUUCCUUUUCAGUUUGGUCAAACCAGUUUUGUAGUUGCGUGAAAUUCUUUUGCAUUAAUUCCCACUUUUCCUCCCAGAAGGCUUCCAUCUUUUUCUUUCUUUUUUUUUUAAACCCUUACCUUCCAUCUUGGAGUCAAUACUGUGUAUUGGCUCCAAGGCAGAAGAGUGGUAAGGGCUAGGCAAUGGGGGUCAAGUGACUUUCCCAGGGUCACACAGCUGGGAAGUGGCCGAAGUCAGAUUUGAACCUAGGACCUCCCGUCUCUAGGACUGGUUCUCAAUCCACUGUGCUACCCAGCUGCCCCCUAGGCUUCCAUCUUUUUGAUCCUUUCUGAUUCAAAUUCUUCAUGGGUUUGUGGAGAGUUUCCAUUUCCUUUGGAAGGUUUUGGCGCAUUUGCUUGUGUUUCCUCUUCUAUCUCCUCUGUAUUUUGUAUUUUUGCUCCAUAAAAUGUGUCCAAAGUUGCCCCCUUCUUGUUUUUCUUGUUGUUUUGAGGCUUUUUUGCUUCUGUGCUGUUUGCCAUCUCUAUCUGAGUGAGGGGGGCUGGCUCUUCUGUUAUCUGUCUGGUGUUCAGUGGCUUUAACUCCAGGCAAAUUGUCUGUCUUCCCCAGGAAGCCCGGAAUUGCUGGUGUUUCAGUGUUUCGGUGUUACUACCCUCCUCAGUUCCCUCCUGAUGCUUCUCUGUUGCCUUACUUCUAUGGUCUGCGCCUGGCUUGACACUCUCAGAUGUAUUUUAAUGCCUUUGCUGGCCAGAGGAGCCUGCACUCUGAGGGGGAGGGGCUGUGGCUUCCCAGAGCUCUGAGGGCUGGUGAUAGGAUUAACCUCAGACUGAGUAUGCCCUGAGGCAGGGACCUUCAGUGAGACUCAGGUGGAAGGAUCUGGUCAGGGGGCUACAGGCUCCUCCUGUCUCUCUCUGUUUCCCUGCUGUCUGGGUACCCCCCCCUCAACUGGGUCAGGUUGUUUUCAGGAUGCAACCUUCAGCUCUGAGGCCCUUUUGCCAGCCCUGAGGGUUACUGUUGUUUCAGAAGACCCUGUACUCUGAGGGGGAGGGGCCGUGGCUUCCAGGAGCUCUGAGGGCUGGUGAUACGAUUAACCUCAGACUGAGUAUGCCCUGAGGCAGGGACCUUCUUGAGACUCAGAUGGAAGGAUCUGGUCAGGGGGAUACAGGCUCCCCCGUCUCUCUCUGUUUCCCUGCUGUCUGGGUGCCCCCGCAACUGACUCAGGUUGUUUUCAGGGUGCGGCCUUCAGAAUAGCCGGCUCCCGAGGCCCUUUUGCCUGCACUGAGGUUCCUGCUGCUGCCUCGGAUUCAGCUCUCUGGAUUGGGGGGGAUGGGUCCUGGGACCUUCCUUUUGCCUACCCCUUAGAUCCGAGUGAUCUCGGGUUCUGACUUUUGGGGUUCCGUACCUUUUGAUCCAGGUCCAGGAGGAGGAUUCCCCGGGUCUAUGCUGUUGUUUGUUUUGAAUUUCGGUGCCCUAGGAGCAUUCAGUUUGAGAUCGGUGAGGAAGGGUUUCUGGAGCUCUGAACUUUAGCUUUUUCUAAGCUGCCAUCUUGACCGGAAGUCUUGAGCCUCUUUAUUUGGGAGUUCCUUUCAGGAGGGGAGGAGUGAAUUCUCUCUAUGCCUACUUUACUCUGUGGUUUUCAGAGUUCAGGGAAGUUUUUAAGUGAUUUCUCGAAAUAUGAAGUCUAAACCCCGCUUUGGGUCAUGCCUUUCAGGUAAUCCAGUGUGUGACUUGAAUAUAAAACACGCCCCUCAUUCCAUUUGCUCACCAUACCUUUGACUGGCUAUAGAUGCAUACUGAGGCUUCCUGGGAGAGGUUGCCUCCAGUGCAUGUGUGUCUAUAUGGUGGGCCGGCAGAAGUCCCCAUGUGAUGGGUGAUGUGUCUGGAAGUCAAAACUUGGGACCAGGACUGUCCAAUCAGAAAGCCACAAUAGGAGUGGCAAAAAAAAGGGUUAUAUGAGGAAGGGCUAUCUCUCUCUUCCCGUCUCUGUCUCCUUCCCCUCUAACUUUUACUAACAAAUAAUUUUAAAAUAAUAUACAGCCUCCAGAGCAUCUUAAUCAUUACACCAGUGAUUCUCAAAUGAUCUCUUCUCAACCUCUUUUUCAGGUCAUUGGUUUUUGCUAUGAAAUACCUCAUGCAUUUUAUCUAUUUUUUUGAUAUUUUGACUUUGCUUUCAUAUUUCUCUUUGACUCAUGGAGUCAUUCACUUUUAUUAGGUCCAUUUUAAUUUUCGGGGAGUUUGCUGUUUGGGCAAGAUUUUGUACCUGUUGUUCUAAACUAUUAAUUACUUUUCCAAUUCUUUCUUCUAGAACUCUCAUUUCUUUUC